AUGAGACUAAGCGUGCCCCAGGAAUGGUUGCUCUGGAUGACAAAAACUACCAACAGGUUCAAGUACAGACUCAACCCCGAUAUUGCCUUGACCUUUCAGAUUCGUGCCCCUGAAGAGCCUACCAGCAAGCUUAUCCUUAAGCCUACCCGCAUGUCUACCCCUGAGGCUACUCCUGAGCCCACUCCUGAGCCUGCCUCUGUGCAGCCCAAGCGCAGACCUGGCAGACCGAGGAAGAUCAUUAUUGAGCCUGAGGAGCAUGAUGAGUUUCAGCCCGCGAAGCCCAAGCGCGGACCUGGCAGACCGAGGAAGGUUAUCGCCCAUGCGGACUCCGAUGCUGAUUAUCACAAGGAGAAUCAGAAGGAUGACGACAGGGUUGACGGCGACAUCACCAAACACGUCGAGGACAUGGGUUUGGAGGGUCUCGAGGGUGAGAACGCCGAGGACUGGGAGAUGGACGUGACACCCUCUGUGGAGCAGGAUGACUAUUGA